AUGCAGCCCCAUCGCGCGCCCUUCGCAUUCCUCUUGGUCCUGCAGCUGCUCGGAGCUUUGACCCCCUUCGCCCAAGUGGCUGGCCCCGAGGCACCCUGGGCACGAGCGGGUCUGGAGGGGAGAGCGGAGCGCGAGAGAGAAGGUGCUCAGCAUGCGACCCCUGGGCUGCUCCAGCAAGUGCUGCCCUCACCCAAAGAGGAGAGCCGCCGGACCGGCAGCGGAUUCAGGUUAGGAAACGGGGCCAGAGGAUCCUGGCCGAAAGCGCUUGCCAGCAGAUCCAAAGCAACAGCACCACAUGCAGCGGCGGAAGAGGCUGCACCGAUGCACGGUGCUAGGGACGUUGCUGCUGAAGCUGCCCUUCGCUUGGGCGUGAGGAACAGUAGCAGUGGAUUUCCUGCCGUGGAGUCUAGGGGGCAGCCUGAUACUCCUUGGCAGGACCCUGGCGAGGGGAAGGUGAAUACGGACCGAUCGGUAGCUAUGGGGAUGGGAGGAUACUCUACUCUCCAGUGGCUUGCAGUGCACGGGGAGGAAGGUAGCAGCCAUGCAAGGCACAGCCCCAAGAGGCUUACCAGAAGCAGGAGAGGAGCCAGCGAGCUGCAGGGCAGGGGCAAGGACGGAGGGGGAGGGAAAACCAGGGGCCUUAAGAAUAGCAACCUGGCAAAGCUUUUCAACAGCUCCUUGGGCAGCCCUCCAGCCAGGGGUGAUGGCGAGGAGGAGGAUGCCCCUCAGCUGCUGCCUCUGAAUGGCUCCUCCCGUGAUGGGCUAGAGAGGGGCUCAGGAGCCCGCAGCAAUGGGACAAGCCGCCGGGCCCGGCUCAAGAACCCUUUCUACCCGCUGACCGAGGAGUCGUACGGCGCCUAUGCGGUCAUGUGCCUGUCCGUGGUGAUCUUCGGCAUUGGGAUCAUGGGCAACAUGGCAGUGAUGUGCAUCGUGUGCCACAACUACUACAUGAGGAGCAUCUCCAACUCCCUGCUGGCCAACCUGGCCUUCUGGGACUUCCUCAUCAUCUUCUUCUGCCUGCCCCUGGUGAUCUUUCAGGAGCUCACCAAAAAGUGGCUGCUGGCAGACUUCUCAUGCAAAAUCGUUCCAUACAUUGAGGUAGCUUCUCUUGGAGUCACUACGUUCACACUAUGUGCCCUCUGUAUAGACCGAUUUCGUGCUGCCACUAACGUACAGAUGUAUUAUGAGAUGAUUGAAAACUGUACUUCAACAACUGCCAAACUGGCUGUUAUAUGGGUUGGUGCGCUAUUGUUGGCACUUCCGGAGGUCGUUCUACGCCAGUUGACAAAGGAAGACUCUGCAUUUAGUGGCAGCCCACCUGGGGAACGGUGUGUGGUAAAGAUCUCUACUGAAUUACCUGAUACCAUUUAUGUAUUAGCUCUCACAUAUGAUGGUGCAAGACUCUGGUGGUAUUUUGGCUGCUACUUUUGUUUGCCUACUCUUUUCACUAUUACCUGUUCUCUGGUAACAGCCAGGAAAAUCAGACGAGCAGAAAAGGCUUGCACACGGGGGAACAAGCGACAAAUUCAGCUGGAAAGUCAGAUGAACUGCACUGUGGUGGCUUUGACCAUUUUGUAUGGGUUUUGCAUCAUUCCUGAAAACAUCUGCAACAUUGUGACUGCCUACAUGUCCACAGGAGUCUCUCGGCAGACUAUGGAUCUCCUCCACCUCAUUAGCCAGUUUCUUUUGUUCUUUAAGUCCUGUGUGACCCCAGUCCUCCUUUUCUGUCUUUGCAAACCGUUCAGUCGGGCCUUUAUGGAAUGUUGUUGUUGUUGCUGUGAUGAAUGCAUCCAGAAGUCUUCAACGGUAACAAGCGAUGACAAUGACAAUGAGUACACCACGGAGCUUGAACUCUCCCCUUUCAGUACCAUCCGUCGUGAAAUGUCCACCUUUGCUUCGGUUGGGACUCACUGCUAA